AUGCUCCCCUGGGACCUGUUCCCCUCUCCCCGGUACCGUGCCGUCCUCCGUGCCCUGCCAUCCUCCUCCAGCACCGCUGCUCCCCCUUCCCCGGUGCUGUGGGGCUCCCCCCCGGGGCCUGUUCCCACCUCCCUCAGUGCCGUGGGGUGCCCCUGCCCCCAUUCUGGGACCGUGGGGUGCCCCAGGGCCUGUUCCCCCUUUCUGGGCCUCACCCGCGUUCUCACCCUGCAGGUGGAGGAUGCGCUUUCCUACCUGGACCAGGUGAAGAUCCGCUUUGGCAGCGACCCCGCCACCUACAACGGCUUCCUGGAGAUCAUGAAAGAGUUCAAGAGCCAGAGCAUUGACACACCUGGAGUAAUCCGACGUGUUUCGCAGCUUUUCCAUGAGCAUCCCGACCUCAUUGUAGGAUUCAAUGCUUUCCUCCCUCUGGGCUAUAGGAUAGAAAUUCCAAAGAACGGGAAGUUAAGUAUACAGUCACCUUUGAAUAGUCAGGUGCCCUCAGAGCCUGUUCCCAGCGCUCUCCCUGGCAGCGGGCUGUUGUUGCAUUACUCCCAGGAGAAUUCGCACAAUCACAGUGACUGCUCCGAGGAGUUUAGGCAACAGCUUCCGUACAAAGAAGAUAAAUCCCAAAUUCCUUUGGAGUCUGAUUCUGUAGAGUUCAAUAAUGCUAUCAGUUACGUGAAUAAGAUCAAAACACGUUUUCUUGACCAUCCAGAAAUUUACAGAUCCUUUUUAGAAAUUCUUCAUACUUACCAGAAAGAACAGCUGAACACUAAAGGCCGACCCUUUCGAGGCAUGUCAGAGGAAGAAGUGUUUACUGAAGUAGCAAACCUGUUCAGGGGACAGGAGGAUCUGCUUUCUGAGUUUGGACAGUUCCUCCCAGAGGCUAAAAGGUCUUUGUUCACAGGAAAUGGACCAUGUGAAGUGAACAGUGUCCAAAAAACUGAGCAUGAGAAGAAUCUGGAACACAGCAAAAAGCGAUCCAGACCACUGCUGUUGCGUCCUGUUUCUGGGCCAGCAAAGAAGAAAAUGAAACUGCGAGGUACCAAAGAUCUGUCAGUAGCGACAGUGGGAAAAUAUGGAACGCUGCAAGAGUUUUCCUUCUUUGACAAGGUGCGUAGGGUGCUAAAGAGUCAGGAAGUCUAUGAAAAUUUUCUCCGUUGCAUUGCUCUCUUCAACCAGGAGCUGGUCUCUGGCUCUGAGUUGCUCCAGCUAGUUACACCAUUUUUAGGGAAAUUCCCAGAACUCUUUGCACAGUUCAAGUCCUUUCUUGGUGUGAAAGAGCUUUCAUUUGCUUCUCCUCUGAGUGACCGAUCUGGAGAUGGAAUGAGUCGGGAAAUUGAUUAUGCUUCCUGCAAACGCAUAGGAUCAAGUUACCGGGCUCUCCCAAAAACCUAUCAGCAGCCAAAGUGCAGUGGAAGAACAGCCAUUUGCAAGGAGGUGUUAAAUGAUACCUGGGUUUCAUUUCCAUCCUGGUCUGAAGACUCCACUUUUGUCAGCUCCAAGAAGACUCCUUAUGAGGAGCAGUUGCACCGCUGUGAAGAUGAGCGGUUUGAGUUGGAUGUUGUCUUGGAGACCAAUUUAGCCACAAUACGUGUGCUGGAGAGUGUGCAGAAAAAACUGUCACGACUGACUCAAGAGGAUCAGGAGAAAUUUCGACUGGAUGAUUGCUUGGGAGGAACAUCAGAAGUGAUCCAGCGCAGGGCCAUCUAUCGCAUCUAUGGUGAUAAAGCACCAGAGAUCAUUGAAAGUCUUAAGAAAAACCCAGUUACUGCAGUUCCUGUUGUUCUUAAGAGAUUGAAAGCAAAAGAGGAGGAAUGGCGGGAGGCCCAGCAGGGCUUCAACAAAAUUUGGCGGGAGCAGUAUGAGAAAGCCUACUUGAAGUCCCUUGACCACCAGGCCGUCAACUUCAAACAAAAUGACACCAAAGCUUUGCGCUCCAAGAGCUUGCUGAAUGAAAUUGAGAGUGUCUAUGAUGAGCAUCAGGAGCAGCAUUCAGAAGGGAGAAGUUCGUCCACAAAUGAGCCUCAUCUUAUCUUCAUCUAUGAAGAUAAGCAGAUUUUGGAAGAUGCAGCAUCUCUUAUCAGCUAUUAUGUAAAAAGGCAGCCUACUAUCCAAAAGGAGGACCAAGCAACCAUCCGGCAGAUAGUGCAUCAUUUCAUACCUGAGCUGUUUUUCUCUCAGCCCCCUGAGCACAGUAUUUCUGAAGAAUCAACAGAUGAAGACAGAGAAAACCAUCAGGGGCAGAACCUGGAUACUCCUGAGCUACGGAAAAAAAAUGUGCCUGGGCCUCCAAGCAGUCCUUUGGAGGCAAAAGCAACCUUCUGUGAUGUUACAGCUGCUGAGCCCCACAACACUCUGGAUGAUGUUUACAGUCUGUUCUUUGUCAAUAAUAAUUGGUAUUUCUUCCUCCGCCUUCACCAGACUCUGUGCUCUAGGCUCCUAAAGAUUUAUCGUCAAGCUCAGAAGCAGCUUCUAGAAUAUCGGACUGAAAAAGAGAGAGAGAAACUUCUUUGUGAGGGAAGAAAAGAAAAAACCAAUGAUCCAGCCAUGGAACUAAGACUGAAGCAACCAAGUGAAGUGGAGCUGGAGGAGUACUACCCUGCGUUCCUGGAUAUGGUGAGGAGUCUGCUGGAUGGGAAUAUUGACCCAACGCAGUACGAGGACACUCUGAGGGAGAUGUUCACUAUCCAUGCCUAUAUUGGCUUUACUAUGGACAAACUGGUGCAGAAUAUUGUCCGCCAGCUUCACCAUCUAGUGAGCGAUGACAUCUGCUUGAAGGUUGUUGAGCUCUACUUGAAUGAAAGGAAGCGAGGUGCUGCUGGAGGUAACUUAUCCUCUAGGUGUGUCCGGGCAGCAAAGGAGACCAGCUACCAGUGGAAGGCUGAACGUUGCAUGGCAGAUGAGAACUGUUUCAAGGUAAUGUUUCUUCAGCGGAAAGGACAGGUGAUCAUGACCAUUGAGCUUCUGGAUACAGAAGAAACCCAGACAGAAGAUCCCGUGGAGGUCCAGCACCUGGCUAACUACAUGGAGCAGUACGUUGGGGUAGAAGGAGCUCCAAACAACCAGAAUGAUGGCUUCUUAUUGAAACCGGUCUUUCUGCAAAGAAACCUAAAAAAGUUUCGCAAGUGGCAAUGUAAGCAAGUGAGAGCUCUGCGUAGCGAAGUGAAGAGCUCCUGGAAGAGGCUGAUUGGGGUGGAAAGUGCCUGCAACGUGGACUGCCGGUUCAAGCUCAACACCCACAAAAUGAUGUUCAUCAUGAACUCGGAGGAUUACAUGUACAGGAGGGGAGCUCUCUGCCGAGCCAAGCAGGUACAGCCAAUGGUGCUGCUAAAGCAUCACCAGCAGUUUGAAGAGUGGCACAAUAGGUGGCUAGAAGAGAACGUGACCAUGGAGGCAGUUGAUGUAGUUCAAGACUGGCUGAUGGGAGACGAAGACGAGGAGAUGGUGCCCUGUAAAACAACUUGUGAGACGGUGAAUGUCCAUGGGGUCCCAGUGAACAGAUACAGAGUUCAGUACAGUCGCCGUCCAGCUUCACCGUGAGCAGAGACUUGUUCCUGGGACCAAGACAAGUAGGAGCGUUGCUGGUGAAAUACAUUUACUCUGAGAAUAGUGGUGGGAAUGCAAUGUAUGUAUUAAUGAUAUUUAUCCAAACAGCAUUUUACUUUGGAUUAUGAUGUAUUUUCCGUAUGGCAUAGACUUGUCUCCUUGCAGUGUAAUCCUCCAGCCAUCAUGAAGAGACUUUUAAAAGCUUUAUGGGAAGAGGGCUCUUGGCAUUGCCACACACUUUUUAGUAGUUUCCUAGCUUUAGGCCACUGCUGACCAGCCAAUACUGGAAGGCUGAGUGAGGGGGUCAGGCUCUGGGCGAACUACCACUAGUGGCUUUGCUGAAGAGAUGGAGCUGGGCUGGUGUUCAAGCAGAUGCUGGCAGCUGCUUCCACUUUGAAAGGUUUAAUGUUCCCUAUCUUCCUGAAUUUAUGCCGUCUUGGAGCCUGCAGAACUCUUCGAGGUAACCUCCAAGUGCCAGUGGGGCUGAGAGCACCUGGCACAGAUUGCUAGCCCCACUAUGGGCUGCUUCAUUAUCUAUGUGUACUAAUAAGGCAAUGAAUGCAGUAUUUGUUACUGGUGCUCUGGUGAGAAAAAUGCCAAAACUGAGAGAAGGGUGAAUGGCGUACUAAACGCUCUUAACUCUCACUCAUCAACUAAGUAUUUUGGAGCGUGAACUAAGGGGAAGAAACUCUCUGAGCUGCAGUGCUAGGCAAGAGAGCAUUCUGCGGCGCAAGACAGCCUAGGCCCGUCAGCUACCCCUCUGCAGAUGUGCACCGGAUCCCAUGUUGUUGCUUUGUGAACUUACGACCUGCUGCAGACUCUGCCUUCUCAGAUCUGGAGCUGCUUGGAGCGUGUGCCUGGGGAGGAAUAUCCAUUGUGAGGUCUGGCCUAUUUUUUUUUUUUUCUUUUUUUUUUUUUUGUAUUUUGCAUGUUGAUUGGCAGCCUCUGGAGACUGCGUUCUCGGGCGCUUCGCUUUCCUUGUGCAUGCCCGGACUCCGUGGUUCUGCUGGGUUGUACCACGUCAGUAACAUCAUUAGAUGGAGCUCUUGCGGCACAGUGUUUGCACUGGAUCUGAGGUUUGUCCCAGAUACUUUGCUGUUUCUGCUGGGUCAGCACAGAUGCUGUAUUUGCAGUGACACAUGGAAAUCUGUAAUGGGCAGUGUUAGAUCCAGCCACAACCAUCGUAGACAAGCUUUUCCACUGAACCAUCUGUACUUCUAUCUAAGCUUUCUUGCAAUGAAACCUAACAAAAAACCUACCCCAAACCAUGCAGAACACUACGUCAAUUGUCUGACUUAAUCUAUUGAAAAAUCAAGAAAACUUAGCUGUGUCUGUCCUACAGCCCCACUGUGACUUCACUCUUGUUUUUCAGGGGCCAAGGGCAAGCACACUGUCCAUGGAGUGUAUUACAAACAUAAUGUCUUGAGGCAGGUCCAAGCCUCCUUUCAGCUCUGCUUCCAACGUUUUUUCUGGCUUUUGGGGGAAUAGCCCCCUCACCCCGAUAUUUUUUGUGGCUUUGAUUUUUAGGUUAUAAUUUCUGCCAGACCUAAGGAGCAGCCUGUAGGAUUUGUCCUGGGUUAUUUCCACUGUACAACAUUUGGUUUUGCAAUUGUCUCACUUGACAGUAGAAAAAUUGGCCUUUGGGGUACGUUUAAUAGAAAACUGUACUGACUCUUUGUCUUUUUUGCAAAAUAGUCUGUAGGAGGGAAGGAGGGAGGCCAGUCUCUGGCAUUCGUGGCCACUUGCACAACCACUGCCAGCAGAGGACUUUUCAUCAAGAACUCAUGUUCUUGUUGUCUGGGUCUCUGUUAAAUUUUGGUUACUGAAACUCUGAAGGUUCUUCCCCGCUCUUGUUGCAGUAAAUGAUAAAAGACACUGACCACGUAGCUAUGUGAGGGCUGGGUGGACAAGCCCACUGCAAAGCACAGUAUCCCCCUUUUGCUUCCAGACAGCUCAACAAAAUACACCUCAGUCCUGUUCACCUCUCUGCUGUCUUCCAGUGGAGAUGACAACUGUGCCAAAUUUUAUGGUUUUAUGAUACAGAAAAAAUGUUUACUAGAAAAUAGGUUGCAACUUGUGGCUUAAAAUGCAUUUGAUUCCAAGUGUACCAGGGUGUAGGAGGGUAACGCACCUGUGCACCGUCCUGUUCCAUCUCCCCAUUUUUAAGUGUACUUCAGGUAUUUUUAAGCAUCCUUAUUUUGUAAACCUUAAUUUAUAAUCUGAACAGAUUAAGUAAGUAAGACUUUCGCCCUUUACAGUGCUAUUGUCUCAAAAAUGAUAGUAGCAAAUUAUGUGAAUGAAAUAAGCAGGCAGUGCAGGUUUGAGAGUGGCUUGCUAACGUCGACCGCUGUGUAUCUGCUAGCACGACCUUAAUUCAAGAGUUUGUUCUUCCAUUUUUUUGAAGGAUCUUUGCUUUUGGGCUUGUAAUUGCUUUGCCAGCUCUUUGAAUGUAGUUUUUUUUUUAUAUUUAUUUGCACAUUCAAGUAAAAUAAAAUAUUGAUUUUAAAAGUCU